AUGCUCAAUAGCGAUUAUCUCCGAAGACAUGACGAGGUGGUUAAAUGUGUCCAUCUUCAUAUUUGUCGAAUGUAUGGAAUCAAAAAGAACAGGAAAUUAAAGACUCAUUCAGUUCAGUCGAUAUUGUCAACUCAAAAUGUAGAAAUUAAAGUUGACACGUCAAUUAUAACAGAAAAUAAAGUCAACUUCAAUAAACCGGAUAUCUUUGUUUAUGACAAGAUUAAAAAGGAAAUAACCUUAAUCGAGGUGGGCAUAACAUCUCAGGACCGCUUAAAACAAGUGGAAGUUGAGAAACUUCACAAAUAUGAUUUCCUUGCAAAUGAACUAUCACUACUCUACGAAUGCCAAGUUAAAAUUAUUCCCGUGGUUCUGACCUGGGAUGGUGUUGUCACAAGAUGCUUCAAAAAUUAUAUGGAUAAACUAUAUAUUGAAAAAUCUACAAUGACAUACAUCCAAUCGGUUGUGCUCAAAAGGACGCUAGAGAGCAUGAUAAUUGAACACAAGCAUGGAAUGAAGAUAACUGGCGAGGAAUAUGCCUCUGCGACCGAUCAACUAGUAGAAAUGGCAUGCCGCCAGGACACUCCAUUCAAAGAUAAAAGACGCACAACAACUGACGCAGAGAUAGAGAAUGAAGAGGAACAAGCAGCAGACUCUUCUCCUAAAAGGAGAAGAGAGACUACCAAUCAGGAUUGA